GUCAGCCACCACCACCAGGAAGAGUAAGUAAAAGGAAUUGUUUAUGGCUAUAAAUAAGGUAAUAGAGGGACUCUCCAUCGUCGCGUCUCUUGCCAUCAUCUCCUUCACUCAUUCUUACCCUUCUUCCGCGUCUCUCCGUGAGUUUAAAAAAGAAGAAAAUAUAAAAUGGCAUCACACAUUGUUGGAUACCCUCGUAUGGGACCUAAGAGAGAGCUCAAGUUCGCGUUGGAAUCUUUCUGGGAUGGCAAGAGCACUGCCGAUGAUUUGAAGAAGGUUUCAGCUGAUCUCAGGUCUGACAUCUGGAAACAGAUGUCUGCAGCUGGGAUUAAGUACAUCCCAAGCAACACUUUUGCUUACUAUGACCAGGUGUUGGACACCACCGCUAUGCUCGGUGCUGUCCCUCCUAGAUACGGAUGGAACAGUGGCGAGAUUGGUUUUGAUGUUUACUUCUCCAUGGCUAGAGGUAACGCCUCUGUUCCAGCCAUGGAAAUGACCAAGUGGUUUGACACCAACUACCACUACAUUGUCCCAGAGUUGGGCCCUGAAGUGAAGUUUUCUUAUGCAUCUCACAAGGCUGUGAAUGAGUACAAGGAGGCCAAAGCUCUUGGUGCUGAGACAGUCCCUGUACUUGUUGGUCCUGUCUCUUACUUGCUUCUUUCCAAGCUUGCAAAGGGUGUUGACAAGUCAUUUGAUCUUCUCUCCCUUCUCCCCAAAAUCCUCCCAAUCUACAAGGAAGUCAUUGAGGAGCUUAAGGGAGCUGGUGCCACCUGGAUUCAGUUUGAUGAGCCUCUUUUUGUCAUGGAUCUUGAGGGUCACAAACUCCAGGCUUUUAGCGGUGCCUAUGCUGAGCUGGAAUCAACUCUCUCUGGUCUGAAUGUUCUUGUGGAGACUUACUUCGCUGAUGUCCCUGCUGAAGCAUACAAGACCCUUACUUCCUUGAAGGGUGUGACUGCUUUUGGAUUUGAUUUGAUUCGUGGAACCAAGACCAUUGACUUGAUCAAGUCUAGUUUCCCUGAGGGCAAGUAUCUCUUUGCUGGUGUUGUUGAUGGAAGGAACAUUUGGGCCAAUGACCUUGCUGCCUCUCUCAUUACCUUGCAGUCACUUGAGGGAGUUGUUGGUAAAGACAAGCUUGUGGUCUCAACCUCUUGCUCUCUUCUUCACACUGCUGUUGACCUUGUUAACGAGACUAAGCUCGAUGCUGAAAUCAAGUCUUGGCUAGCAUUUGCUGCCCAAAAGGUCGUUGAAGUAGAUGCAUUGGCCAAGGCUUUGGCUGGUCAGACUAAUCAGAGCUUCUUCUCUGCCAACGCAGAGGCUUUGUCUUCAAGGAGGUCUUCCCCAAGAGUCACCAACCAGUCUGUCCAGAAGGCUGCUGCUGAUUUGAAGGGAUCAGACCAUCGCCGUGCUACUGAAGUUACCGCAAGACUAGAUGCUCAGCAGAAGAAGCUGAACCUUCCAAUCCUCCCAACCACAACCAUUGGUUCCUUCCCACAGACCGUUGAACUCAGGAGGGUUCGCCGUGAGUACAAGGCCAAGAAAAUCUCUGAAGAGGAUUACGUCAAGGCCAUCAAGGAAGAGAUCAAGAAAGUUGUUGACAUCCAAGAGGAACUUGACAUCGAUGUUCUUGUCCACGGAGAGCCUGAGAGAAACGACAUGGUUGAGUACUUUGGAGAGCAGUUGUCAGGUUUUGCAUUCACAGCAAACGGAUGGGUACAAUCCUAUGGAUCUCGUUGUGUGAAGCCACCGAUCAUCUACGGUGACGUGAGCCGUCCCAAGCCAAUGACUGUGUUCUGGUCUUCAACAGCUCAGAGCAUGACUAAACGUCCCAUGAAGGGUAUGCUUACAGGACCAGUCACGAUUCUUAACUGGUCUUUUGUCAGAAACGACCAGCCUAGGCACGAGACUUGUUACCAGAUCGCUUUGGCUAUCAAAGAUGAAGUGGAAGACCUCGAGAAGGGAGGUAUUGGAGUCAUUCAGAUCGAUGAAGCUGCUCUUAGGGAAGGGUUGCCUCUUAGGAAAGCAGAACACUCUUUCUACUUGGACUGGGCUGUUCACUCUUUCAGGAUCACUAAUUGUGGUGUUCAAGACAGCACUCAGAUCCACACUCACAUGUGCUACUCACAUUUCAAUGACAUCAUCCACUCCAUCAUCGACAUGGACGCUGAUGUUAUCACCAUUGAGAACUCACGUUCAGAUGAGAAGCUUCUCUCUGUGUUCCGUGAAGGAGUGAAGUACGGUGCAGGUAUUGGUCCUGGUGUUUACGACAUCCACUCACCGAGAAUCCCAUCAACAGAUGAGAUUGCAGACAGGGUCAACAAGAUGCUUGCGGUUUUGGAGCAGAACAUCUUGUGGGUUAACCCUGACUGUGGUCUGAAGACAAGGAAGUACACUGAGGUUAAGCCAGCACUUAAGAACAUGGUUGAUGCGGCUAAGCUUAUCCGCUCCCAGCUCUCUACUGCCAAGUGAAGAGCUUGAAGAGAUAUUAUGUUUUAUUUAUGGUUUGUGUUUGUUUGAUUUUAAUAACUUUUCUUUCAAGAAAAUAUAGUAGCCGAAAUUAGGUUUUGAUGAAAUAUGUAUCUCGCUGUUUUCUUUUGCAAUAUUAUAUGUAUGUAUCUUUGUUUUCUCUGGCCACUUGAAUGAGAAUGGCGAUUUUAUAUUC